CGAGCCGACGGCUGGGAGCCACAGCCGCAUGAGGAUCUAUAAGAGCAGAGGCUGAGAGCACAGCUGUCCUCUGACACCCUGCAGGAUUAUCUCCUUGUGUUUAACCAUCAUAACCUUGCAUCUCUGGGAUUACAGAUUAAAGCAUCCAUAACAAGCAGCUGCUGGAAACAAAACGGAUGUCAGUGUGGUGGUUAGAGAUGGGAGAGGUUUCAGGGCCUCUCUCCACUGUAGGAUGGUAGCCGACAGCACAGUGGAAGGCCAUGAGCAGACCGCCUUACCAAGCGCAUCACCAGCACCAUCAUCAUCACCUUCUGUGUCGUCAGCAUCAGCAUCAGCAACCCGUAAACAGUCGGAGCAGCUUCAGCGUCAGGCUUGUCCAAAUCCAAGUCUGAAAUCUGCAUCUGCUCGCUCUGUGUACCUGACUCAUUUCCGCACCUUCACCUCCAAAGAGGACUGCAGCCUAAUCACAGACACAGCUACCAAGCUCGAGCGCAGCGGCUUCUACUGGGGCCCACUUGGAGUAGAGGAGGCCCAUUGCAUGCUCCGCAACGCCCCCCUGGGCAGUUUCCUCAUCCGCGACAGUCGACAGAAGGACGUCUUCUUUACUCUGUCCUACCACGACAAGAAGGGACCGGUCAGCGUGCGCAUCGACUACAAGCGGCAGAGGUUCUCUCUUGCUGGCAACGAGCGCUCCUUCCCAACGCUCUUUGCCCUUUUGGAGCAUUAUAUGAACUCGCCUAAGAAGAGCCUGACAGUCCCCUACAGGAAAUGGGAGCCCACCCUGCAGGAGCUGUGCAGGAAGCGGAUCAUGGAGGUGUGCGGAGGAAAGGGUGGCAUUCCAGAACUGCCUGUCACACAUGUGGUCAAAGAUUUCCUGUUGGAGUUCCCUUACAAACUAUGAACAGUCUGCAUAAUGUUUUGGCUGUUUUGUUCUUGAUUUCAAGAUGGCAGCUUUCACCAAGUAACGGUACAGCAAACGGGUUGAUAAAGUCUCUGCAUCAGGGAACUAAGGUAGAGACUACAUCACCGUGGUUACUAAAAAAAUCAACAAACUCUUUUUGGACUAAAAGCUGUGAACUGCUCCUAAAGAACCACAAUAACCAAAGUCAAACACAUGAAGCCUCCAGUUGGACAUUAAACUUUCAUGACAUCUCAACAUCUACUACCUCUAGAGACUUAAAACCCAAUAACAUGUGGAAGAAGCAUCCUUUGGA